GGGAGCCAAUAGCGCCCACAUGCUGCCCUUUGUCUACAGUGCUUCGUUAGUUGCCAUCAGUCGCAAGCAAUCGCCAUGACUGAAGAAUACAAAGCAGAAAAUAGCCCAGCGCGAGGGCAAAAUGGAGUUCCUAUAAUCGUGACGCCAGUAGGUCCGCCAGUAGGUCCGCCAGUAGGUCCUACAGUAGGUCCUACAGUAGGUCCUACAGUAGGGCCUACAGUAGGGCCUACAGUAGGGCCUACAGUAGGUAAUCCAGUAGGACAGCCAGCGUCUUACCAAUACGAGAUGCAGUAGUGCGGACCAAAUGCGCCGCCCGGGUAUGUACUGUAUGGGCCACCGCCCGAUAAUGGGCCACCACCCCAUAUUUACUAUGGGCCACCUCCCCAGACCUAUGGGCCACCUCCCCAGACCUAUGGACCACCUCCCCAGACCUAUGGGCCACCACCGACCAAUGAUUACUACGGGCUUCAGUAUUGUGGGCCCCUUCACGCGUCAGCGGCGCCGCGGGGCGCCGGGGGAUAUUCGCAGCAGCCAACUCUGCAGCCAACAUAUGGCUGGGGUGUUACCCCCAGUGGCGGUGGAGUUGGCCACAGAACAGGCGCCCCCGGCGCCGCAACAACAACAAUAAUAACAAUAACAACAACGGAGGGGCCCACAAAUGCUGUAGUCACCACUGUUGUCAUUGAGAAAGAUUUCAAA